UUUAGUCACUUUGUCAAGCUCGACUAGUUUUUUUUUGAAAAUAAAACGCUACAUUGUUGCAUAGUAAUUGAAGUGCUUUAAUGCACAUGGUCAUUACAGAUGACACAAAGCGGUCGAAUUUUUUCAUAACCAAACUAGUUGUCUAAUCCGCGAUCAAACAAUCAACUCGAUCAUUCUUGCUUUAUUCCCCUUUUGCAGAGAAUGAGAAUAAAAAUGAGCACGACAUUCCCCAAUUUGAUUAACGCGUUAUUUUCCCACUGUACGCGCGGUUUUGGCGUCAAUGUUGGCUUCAAGCGCGGGUUCCCAAUCGCCGGUAGUAGUAAAAAAAUUCUAGGAACGCAGUUUUUUAGGCUCUUUUUUUGCAAACAGAAUACAAUUAGCAAUUAGCAAAUUUUAUUGUAUCCUUUUCUUCGCUUUUUACUCAGACCCUUCAUUCUUUUUUAUCACUAAUUUUGACUAAUUUACGCUCACAGAAAACGAAAUACUACAAUGCCUGCUACUCGUCUUGCCCGUGGCUCCACCAGAAGAGAGGCACUUGCCGAAGUACCCAUCUCACGCCCACAGAACAACGUGGACAGCCCACUAAAAUUGCUAACAAAUAUAAAGCCUGCCCUCCCCGCAGCCAAAAACAACAACAGCGGCAACAACGACGCGCCAAAGAAGACAGUCUCACACUUUAUUGCCACCAAAACCGUUUUCCACCGCUCGACAGCCGCCCCGCAAAUUAUCGGGCGUGCAUCAGAGCAGCAGACGAUCCAAGGAUUCCUCCAGUCGACGGUCGAAAAAGGCGGCGGCGGUAGCAUGUAUAUCUCGGGAAAUCCGGGCACCGGCAAAACUGAAUGUCUCCAGGCCCUUAUCAAGAAGUCGACGUCGACCUUUACAUCAGUGCUCGUCAACUGUGUGCCCCUCACGCGGCCAGGGCAAGUGUACAAGGCCGUAUUGGAUGCCAUGGAGACGGGGGAUGUGUCCGAGGCGGGUGCUCAAGGUUCUUUGGAAAGGAGGGUGUACAGUGGCGAUGCAUUUUUGGUUAUUCUAGAUGAGGUCGACAGUUUGCUGGGCAACAGGCAGGAGGUACUGUACAGACUAUUUGAGAUGGCGGCGCAUCCAGAUUCAAAAAUGGCGCUUGUGGGCAUAGCAAAUGCGCUGGACCUCACUGACCGCUUCCUGCCGCGCCUGCAAGCACGCAACUGCGAACCCUUGCUACUGAACUUCAACCCGUACCAAGUCACAGACAUUGUCGCCAUUUUGCAGAGCCGUCUGGAAUCCGUCGCUGGUGCCGGUGAUCCAGUGAUUCAGCGCGCAGCACUGGAGUUGUGCGCGCGCAAGGUCGCCGCCACCUCAGGUGACCUCCGCAAGGCCCUGGACGUCUGCCGCCAGGCCAUGGAGGCUGCUGAGUCCGACCACAAGCGCAAGGCCACGGACAAGGAGAAUGAAGGGGUCUCCCUACAGCCCAAGGUAACCAUCGCGCAUGUUGCCAAGACGCUGGCCAAGCUCAACGGGUCGCCUGUGGGGCAGAAGCUGGACGCCUUGAAUUUUCAGCAAAAGCUCGUGCUCUGCGCUCACAUUUCGCUCGCUAAUAUUGCGGCAGCCGCAUCGAAGAAGAAGGCCGCAGGGGCUGGUGGGAUUGCUGUAUCUGGGCUAUAUGCCGAGUACAUGGGAAUUUGCGGCAGACUUGGCCUAUUGGCUCCCGUUUCUCGGACAGAGUUCCUGGACCUGGUAUCCAUGAUGGAGACCCAGGGCAUCAUUAUCCUGGAGGCAUCAUCCAAGGUCGCACGCCGCGGCGGUCGUCGCAUUGUGUCCGAUUCGGGUGCCGCCGACGACCGCGCAGUCAGACUCUCUAUAGAUGAGGCCGAUAUCCGCCGCGCAUUGACCAAAACCGCAGCUCUCUCUCCGCUUCUCUAGACAUUUUUCCCACUCCCUCCAUUUGCU